GCAGAUAACAACUCUCUGUCUCUAUGGUAGCAGACGCACCGGAAACAUGGUAUGUCACAUGAUUUAAACGACCAAUAAAAUUAAGUCUGACUUCUUAUCUCUCUCAAUGAACUUGCAUUUCUCUGUCCGCCUCAGUGAUGCUAGCUUUGCUAGGGUCGCAUCUACUUCAUGGUCGCACUUCUACCCCGUUCCGACUUCUAUGGAACCACCUAUGGAUAAGUUUGCCAGCUUUCCAAGCUUCGCAACUGGCUGUGUAACUCUCAGAACUCCCAGCAGACCGUUCGCGUGACCUCGAGACUAUAGUGCAGUCGCGCUCGAGCAGAAGUGGUUCUUAUUAUAACAAGUACUGAGACACCAAUGAUGAAGGAGCUAAGGCCUUGUAUGCAGUUUCAGUCUGACAGUACUUUAACAAUAAACAAAGACAAAUCAACUAUGAGCCUACAAGAGCAGGAAACUAUGUCUACCAUGAAAAGUGAAUUCCAGGUUCUGUGUACACUCAUCAAGUGUGAACCAAGCUCUGCAGUUGAUCUACAGAAAUAUUCGAGUGUAAAUCUGAUGACAGAAAGUUCGUUUUCUUCUUAUUCUAGAGCGACAAAUUGGUCACAGACUAACCUUGUGCAGCUUGAGAACAGCUCUGGUCAAUUGUAUGACAUGAAAUCUGAGCUUGCUACACACAGUCAGCAGUUAAACUUACAGCAUGAUUGUGGUGUGAAACAGGAGUUUCAUCAUCAAGAUGCCAUUUGUUCUAUCAAAACUGAAGAAACUGCUAGUCAAGAACUUCCUCACAUAAACAUUGAGCCUUCUGCACACAAUCAGCAGACAAACUGCAAAAAUGAAAAUGUUGUGAAGUUGGAGUUCACUUCUCAAUGUGCCACAUGUUCUGUUAAAACUGAGCAAGCUCCUGAUAAAAAAUUGCAUUAUAUAAAGACUGAGUAUUUUGCACACUUUCAACAUAGUGACGUGAAACAUGAGUUCCACUCUCAAGAUGCCAGUUGGUCAAUUAUGACUGAGCAUGAUCAUGUGCAGGAUGCAAAGACAGAAGAGCAGCUUGUGAUUAAGCAAGAACAAAAUGAUACUCACAUAGUGAAGACUGGGACAGACUUGUGCACUCAGCAGGAAGUGUGCCAGCAUGACAGUAAUGAGACAGUUCAAGAGAUGAGUACUGUUAGUUGUAAAACUCCUGAGGUUAUGGAUAUUGUCACAGGAAGCCCUCAGCAUCAGACAAAUUCAUGUGUCACAGAAGUUGCUGUCACCAUUGAUUCAAACAAACAUGUCAACAGUGUCACUAAAACCAAUCAGUGCAAGGUGUGCAUCUCUUGUUUCAGAUUUCCAUACUUACUAAAGACAUAUGCUGAUCCACAGUGA